AUGAAUGCAGUUAUCACCAAUCUGAUUGAACAGUGCAGUGUGAUGUAAUUAGUGUACCGAGAAGAGUUGUAACAUAAACCGCUGAUGUAGAGGAAAUUGUUUGUCGACUACGACGACGACUCGUGCUUCAGUGGAAAACGAAACGCAUCGCAUAUACAUAGUUGGAUAUCCAAAUCCACUCAAGCUGACUGUGUAAAUAGCUAGUCGCUGGGUGGUAGUAAGUGUGGUGCCGGCAUUAAGUGUCCAGAAGAAGGUGUGUGGUGCAGUAAAUCACAGCGCAGCGGUAAUGAGUUGUGAUUUGGAUGGGUAGAGGCUUGUGGACGUCAAAGAGGCAUUUUUGAACGAGUGAUAAGGAAUCUCCCACGGAAUUUACCUUGAAACCGGUGACUAAGGGAUUUCUACGCAAUCGUCACGUCACGUUGGUUGGUUCGGUAAGUAGAUACUCAGCAAACAGCUUGCACUGUCACUGUCUUGUGCUGAAAAAGUUGAGAUUAUUCCACCAAAACAACCUGAAAGUACUGCGCCAAUUGGAUUCACUUAUUAUCGCAGCAUUUGGGCACAUUAACAAUAUCAGUGUCUAAGGUCAGCCAGGCGAAUGUCUCCUUGUGAAAGCUGCAGCACCGGAGCAGCUUAAUAAAACGUUCACAAAUUUCACCAAACAGAAACGUGAUAAUCGUACAUUGUCACCAUAAAAUCCGCGACGGGCAUCUGGUUCCUUAUCUACACCGGUUAAUAGGCCUUUAAUUGCCGUUGUCGAGUUGCGUACAUUGUACGACUCAGCAACUGCGAUACGGUUUUAUACAAAACAAUACAACACACUGAUCCAGUCAGUCAUCAGGAGAGCCAGACAGGAGGGGACGGUAACCGUCCAUAUCACCAUUUGCGAAAACGAGCGCCAUAAUCGAGCCCACAGCGAAGAAGCAUGCGAAUCACAGCCACUGAUAGGACUUCGGCAGCGUCGUCGUCCGUGACUGGAGGACACGAUCAGCAGCAGUAUCACGACCACCAGUACGGCGCAGAUGACUUUGAUGGGAUUGCGCCGACGACGACGAUGACGGCGUCGUCGUCGAUAAUCGUUGAUGAGGAACCUGGCUUUUCAGUUGAUUCGCGUCGUUUGAAAAGUGCAAAUCUCGUCUCGGUUUCCGGAGCAAGUCCGACGUCGAAAAACGCGCCCAAAGCAGCCGAUGGUGAUUGCCUGAUUACAAGUCCUUCCUCACCCGCGCUGACCGAAAACUGCUGCCUGCUGCGCAAACCAAACGGUAACAACAUGAAGAGCAAACUGUCCGGCGUGCGAGGCGCGCUCCAGAACCGUAGCCUCCUGGUGGACCUGCUGGCUAUCCUGUUCGGUGUCGGAGCAUGGAUCGGAGUGAACUCGAGCUUUGUCCAGCUGCCGCUCCUGGUGGUGAACGCCCCCGAAGGAUGGAAUCUCCCGUCGUACCUGGUGGUGAUUACCCAGCUGGGCAAUCUGGGUCCGCUGUUGUACACGGGUCUGCAGAAGGUCCGAGCUUUCCGGGACUCGUACAUGAUCUACGCGGUGCUGAUCGUGGGAACCGUGGGGGCCAUCUGUAUGGCGUUCCUGUACGAGGUGACGGCGCACGUGUUCGGCGCCGAGCGGUCUGUGGCGAUGUUCGUGUGCGUGUUCGCGCUGGCCCUGGUCGGCUGUACCAGUUCGGUGCUCUUCAUGCCCUACAUGGGCCGGUUCCGGGCGAUCUAUCUGAUCACCUAUCUGAUCGGAGAGGGACUCAGCGGGUUCCUGCCGAGUAUCGUUGCGUUGAUCCAGGGAGUCGGAGGGAACGCCGAGUGCAUUCCCAACAAUUCCACCGAUUUGGAUGCCCCGGAAUUCAUCAGCUACACACCCCCGCCACGUUUCGGAUCGAUGGAGUACUUCAUCUUUGUGUUUGUGGUUUUGAUCAUCAGCACGGUUGCGUUCACGGUACUCGACAACCAUCCACGGUGUCGGAAGGAGUACGCAGCGGUGGUGAUCAAUCAUGGCAACGACUACACCUACGAUAACGACCAUCCCACGACGCACGAGAAAGCCAACGGCGCCGUCAAGGUGGAACAAAGCAAAAUUCUCUCGAAUCGCAACUACGCCUAUCUCAUGAUUCUGCUCGGAAUCCUGUGCAUGUUCGGGAACGGAAUCUUCCCCAGCAUACAGUCGUACUCGUGCCUGCCGUACGGAAAUGUGGCAUACCACCUGACGGUGACGCUCAGCACGAUGGCCAAUCCGGUGGCGUGCUUCCUGGCGGUGUUCCUGCCGCACACCUCAAUCAGAGCCAUUACGUCGAUUUCGCUGCUGUCGGCACUGUUUGCGGUGUAUGCGCUGCUGACGGCCUUCAUGAGCCCGUCUCCGCCGCUGAUGGGACGGGCCAUCGGGGAUGCACUGGUGAUCGCCACCUGGACCAUCCUGAUUGGACUGGUCAGCUACGUACGCCUCUCGAUCACCACCGUCUUUCGGUACCAGGGCGGCAAAUCGCUAGUGUGGGUGGGUGCCGUCACCCAAAUCGGAUCCCUGCUCGGUUCGAUCCUCUCGUUCUCGCUGGUUAAUUUUACCGACCUGUUCCAGCAGUACUAUCCAUGUUGAUGUUGUAUGGUGGUUUCCGUUGAUCUGAUGUAUGGUAGGAGCGCCGUUUUUAGAGGUUAAGUGUUGCAAUGGACUUGAUUAGUUAAGUAUUACAUUUUCUAUAGUGUUUGACCUAUUUCUGUAGGGGUUGUUUUAGGCCGUUUUUUCGGUCAUGCCGGAAACAUGUUAGUAAUUGUUAGUAACAGACUGCGUAACCUACUAUUUUGAGUGCUGUGGAUGGGUGUAGCCGUUGCCGAAUGUGUGUUUACUUCAUCUGAAGGUGAAUGUCUUCGAAUGUCUGGAUUGUGGUGUGUGCGUGCAGCUCAUAUAUUUAUGAUCAAGUUCAAACGGUACUCAUUACUAAAUUCCUGAAAGGAAUUUCGUGGUUGAUGCAACUUUUUCGAUUGCUAAACGUGAUGGUGUUUCGAAAUUUUUAAUGCAAAGAACUAUAUCUUGGAUAUGUUGUCCUUAUUA